CGCCCGCGUGUGCUCCUGCGUGUCCUGUGUCCACCAUGAGGCCCCUGGUCCUGCUGUGGGGCUGCCUCCUGCUCCCAGGUUAUGAAGCUCUGAUGGGGCCGAAGAAGAUCAGAGGAUUCGAAGGCGACACUGUGUCCCUGCAGUGCACCUACGAGGAGAAGCUGCGGGAGCACAAGAAAUACUGGUGCAAGAAGGGCGGGAUCCUCGUCUCCCGCUGCUCGGGCAUCAUCUACGCGAGAGAAGAUGGCGAGGAGAGGACAGAGGGCAGGGUGUCCAUCCAAGACGACCCCCAGAAGCUCACGCUCACCGUGACCCUGAGGGAGCUCACCCUGCAGGACUCGGGGGACUACUGGUGCGGCGUCAACAUCCUGGGCAUUGACGAGACUUUCCUGGUCUCUCUGCUGGUCCUGCCAGGUCCCUGCUGUCCUCCCUCCCCCACCCCCUCCUUCCAGCCUCUUGCUACAAGCCUCCAGCCCAAGGCCAAAGCUUGGCAAACCCAGCCCCCAGCAUCGACCUCUCCUGGUGCCCACCCGACAGUCACCAAGCAGGGGAAGACAGAGGCCGAGGCCUCUCCAUUCACAGGGACGUCCCCGCCCGAGCCCGCAGGAACCUCUCUAUACACAGGAACCUCUCCGUACGCAGGGAACACUCCGAACGAAGAGCGCCCCCUUCACAGAGCCACCUCUCCUCACGCAGGGACCUCUCGGCCUUCCACGUACCUGGACUCCACCUCUACGGAAGACCCCACGUCCAGGGCGUCCCACUCAAAGGCCCACAUCCUGGUGCCGGUCCUAGUGCUGCUGGUCCUCCUGCUGGCCGCAGGCCUGGCUGUCGUCGGCAGGUGCGUGCUCCGGUGCAGGAAGGAAGUUCAACUGGACCCGAAGACACAGAAUGAGAAGGUCCACCUCUCACACUUGAACCGCCUGGGCCCGGAGUACGCUGUGGUCAACCUCGCAGCACCCCCUGGGCCUCGAGCCGGCCCCAAGCCCUCCGCCAGCCCCUACACGGAGAUCCCGGAGAUCCGGCGCCCAAGCCAGGCUUUGAAGGAAGAGGAGGCCUCCUUCCAGGACCCGGCGGGUGCGGCGAAGCCAGGGCCUCCCCUUCACAUGUCAGAGGAGGAGCUCAGAUCCUCCGUGUUCAUCCCAGUCUAGCCACUGGACGCCCUCCGGGCCAGGCCUGCCGCAACCGUGACCUGGAGUGGCUGGAUUUACGCGAAUUGCAAUAAGCUUUGGGCCAUGGCCUCAGAGUUCCCCCGCCAGGCGCCGGGCCUCUGCAGGCUCCCGGGCUCUCCUGCUGCCCCAGCCGGGCUGGACGCCUGUGCCAGCCUGCCGAGGGGCCCCGCAGUUCCAGCGGGGACAGGACCUCCCCAGCA